AUGUCUACUGUAUUUGUCAGAGUUCAGCGUGGAUCUGACGUGUCUUUGCGAUGUGACGUUCCUCUCCUGUCUAAUUCCUCCACUUUGCACUGGGAGAAAGAUGGAGAACAAACACCCAACAGCACUCUGAUGUACAACACCUCUGCCUACAUCAUCUUACACACCGUUGAUGAACGCAUUCUCAGAGUUGUGCGUGGAUCUGACGUGUCUUUGCGAUGUGACGUUCCACUCCUGUCUAAUUCCUCCACUUUUCAUUGGGAGAAAGAUGGAGAACAAACACUCAACAGCACUCUGAUGUACAACACCUCUGCCUACAUCAUCUUACACACCGUUGAUAAACGCAGUGAAGGGAAAUAUUACUGUAAAUUGAUGCAAGAUGGAAUCGUACAAACUGUUAAGAAUCACACACUUAAUGUUAUUUCAUAUUCAGAUGGAAAUAGUAAAAGUCAAACCAUUUCCAGUCAAAUCUCCAGUCAAAGCUCCAGUAAUACCGAUGUCUCACUGAUCUGCAAGUCUGCAAUGGAGUCUCCUGAUGGUGUGUUGAGGAUUCAGUCAGUGGAUCUUACCUGUGAAGUUUCUGAAGUAACUGAUUCAGUGACACUGGUCUGGCUCAGGAUGGAGGGGAACAGAGGAGUGCUGGUCAAACAGCAAACUAUGACUGAGAAAAACACCAUGUUACGUCUCAAAGUGAAUCUAUCCAACUCUAAAACAGACCCGCUGCACUGGCAGUGUGCAGUUUUUACUGAGAAUACACUCAGAGCUCUGAUCCCUAUAACAAUCAAUUGUACCUCAAACAAAGUAAUCAACAAACUAUUUUGCUGUGUUUUGACUCUAUUUACUGGGAUACUGCUUGGAGCUCUAUUGUACUACUGCUACAGGAAACGGAAGUCAGUGCACUCUAACCCUCAGGAGUCUGAACCAGUCUAUAUGAAUAUCAACCAUAUGAGACAUGAAAGAGUAGAGCGCAGCACACCAGAAAACAGAGAAAAUAGUCAUAAAAUAUAUCGCAAUAUAAGAAGAAACAGAUAUGGAAAAGGAAACAUAAAUAAAAGAGAUGAGGUAAGUGCGGUACAGUUCAAAACAGUAUAUAUUUUUUACAUAUAAGAAAUUAUGUUGAAUUGUCACUUUCCCCCAAAAUAGUUUAUUUUUUGCUAUAAAUUUACCUUGUCUUUCAGACACCGGAUACAUCAGACAGUUUGACCUACGCAACCAUUGUUUUCAACAAGUCCAGGUUUCAGACUUAAAAUAUAACUCCAGUCAAUUAGGAAAACCUAUGACACAAUUUCAUAUAAGGUUUUAUUUUUAUAUAUGAACCUCAAACCAAUAUCUCACAGAGAAAGUAUGAACAUUUUCUUUAUUAAACAUUGUCUGGUCACAAAAGAUAUAAUCUGAGAAUGCAUUUAGAGAUUCUCAGAUCUACAGUAACUGCGUUCAUUAAACCACCAGCUCAAAUAUUAAUCCUACUGACUGAAACUGGAUAAUUGCAUCCUUUUAUUAGUGUUGUUUUAAUCGCAUUUUGUAAAAUCAUUAACUAUGCAGCCAAAUAUUAUCAUGAUUUUGCAUUUGCUAUAUUAUAGGUGCCUUCAUAUAUGUGCAUGCAUACUGUUGAAAUGGCCAUUUGAUGGCACUGUUUGAAAACAUUCUUGAAUAAUAAUAAUAAAGUGUAAGUACUAAAAAGGAUAAUGCAGUUA